CUGAUUUUUCAUCGUUGGGAAAAAUCCUCUGGUCCAGGAAUGCGGAGGGGGGCUCUGAGCGAGGUGACCAAAAAUGACGGCCAUAGUUAGCGGCGUUCUCUCAGAAAUCGCAGCACAGUGAGCCAAAAGCGGUCAAGAUCAGAAAAAUAGGAUGGCCGGGUUACAGUUUGCCAAGAAAUACUUAAAAGAGCAACCACAGUUCUGGAGAAAAAGGUCUUGUGGACAGAUGAGACGAAGAUUAACUUACAUCAGAGUGAUGGGAAGAGCAAAGUAUGGAGAAGAGAAGAAACUGACCAAGAUCCUAAGCAUACCACAUAAUCUGUGAACCACCUGCUCAAGUUCAAACAAAUGUUUCAAACAUACUGCUAAAGCAACAAAGGAGUUUUUCAAAGCUAAAAAAUUGUCAAUGCUGAGUGGCCAAGUCAAUGUCCUGAUCUGAACCCAACUGAGCAUGCCUUUUAUAUGCUGAAGAUAUAGGAUAUGCAACAAAGUACUAAACAUGACUACUUUCAUUUAUAUGACAUUGCUGUGUCCCAAACAUUAUGGUGCUCUGAAAUGGGGAGACUAUGUAUAAACAAACACUGCUGUAAUUUCUACAUGGUGAAACCAAAAUGUAUAAAAAUGGCCUUUAUUGAACACAUGUGAUUUUUUUAUAUUACAAAUCUCAAAUUGUGGAGUACAGAGACAAAUAAAUAAAUGAUGGGUCUUUGUCCCAAACAUUAUGGAGGGCACUUCUUCUUCUUGCGUAUGGUAUGCACAGCCUAAAGUUGUAGGACAACUUGUUGUAUUUGAUCUUAUUUGAUUGUGCACGCCAGGAUGAUUGCAUUCGUUGAAACAGGGCGGACCACGUGAUGGUUGCAAUCUUCCACCCCAUGGAGGGCACUGUAUCAUCACAGAUCCCCACCAUCACGUCUUCAUUCUGCUAUUAUCGGGCAAAAGGUACAGAAACCCGAAGCCCCACACCAGCAGGUGCAGGAACAGCUGCUUUCCUGCAACUGUCAGCUUCUAUAACUGACCUGCACAACCCUAAGCCUAUCUCGGUAAUGGAACGCCUCUUGCGCGACCAGGGAGUUGAUUAUUAAUAUUUUUUUUGCCUAAUGCACUUUUCUUUUCUUGUAACAGACUUGUAGAAUGUAAGUGUAUUUUCCGUAUGUUUUCAUGCGCUUGGUUGUGUCUACGUGCAUGAUUUUCAUAGAUUUUGUACCUCAAAUAAAACCUAUGAUCUUUGAAUAAAACCGGGCCCAGUCUGAAGAAGGGUUUCGGCCCAAACGUCGCCUAUUUCCUUCGCUCCAUAGAUGCUGCUGCACCCGCUGAGUUUCUCCAGCAAUUUUGUGUACCCCCAGUCCACACCCAUUCGUCGCUCGGGAACCUGUUGCCCUCCGGAUGUUUUACUCGGCGCACCAAGCCACUGGAGGUUGGAGUUGCCGGAAGUUACAGGCAGAUCCAUGGAGCAUUGCAAGACCAAUAGGAAAAGGCUGCGUGGAGAUUCUGUGACAGAUCUCUCCGAGUUCAGUCGUCCUGUUCUCAGUGAGAUUGAGGAGCUGUUUAAUAAAAAAAUCACUUUUCAGAAGCCGCAUGGCAAUGAGUGGACUCUGCCUGAUGUCCGAGAUGUCCAGACAGGGCAGUGCCAGCGGUCCAAGAGGCUGGAGUCCCUGAAGGAGUCGCUCAACCUGGUGAAGAAUGAGCUGAGUGACAAGGAGCUGGAGAAGUGGCAUGAGCACACCAGCUUCACGAACUGGUCUGGGAAGGUGGUUCCUCACGUCAGGAGGACCAUGAACGCUGAACUGUGCACGCAGGCCUGGUGUAAGUUUCACGAGAUCUUGUGCACAUUCCCCCUGCUCCCAGUGGAGGCCCUUCGCAACGGGGAGCUGAACUCUGUGCACCUCUGUGAGGCUCCUGGAGCUUUCAUCACCAGCCUCAACCACUAUCUGAGGUCCAACCAGAUACCCUGUGACUGGAGCUGGGUGGGGAACACUCUCAACCCCUACCACGAGGGCAACGACACCGGCAUGAUGAUAAAGGAUGACCGGCUGAUCGCAGGUACCCUGCCUUGGUGGUACUUUGGUCCCGAAGACACUGGUGACAUUAUGGACCCGCAGUAUCUCCAGGGUCUGACAGAGUUUACGCGGAACAUGAAGAGCAUCCACCUGGUGACGGCGGACGGCAGUGUGGAUUGCCAGGACAAUCCUGGUGAGCAGGAGGCUCUGGUGGCCCCCUUGCACUACUGUGAAGCCAUCUCCGCCCUGAAGCUGCUGAGCCCUGGCGGCUCGCUGGUGCUGAAGAUGUUCACCUUAUUUGAGCGCUCCUCGGUCUGCCUGCUCUACUUGCUCAACUGCUGCUUCCACGAGGUCCACGUCUUCAAGCCAGGCACCAGCAAGGCGGGCAACUCGGAGGUCUACGCUGUCUGUCUGGAGUACGCAGGACAAAGAUCGCUGGGGGGCCACUUUGAGCAGCUGGUGCAGAGCUUCGGGCCGGAGGUGGUGGGGGAGGCUGUGUUGGCCCGUAUCCCUGUCCCGCCCUCCUUCCUGAGCCAGCUGGAGGAUUGCUGCCACUUUUUCCACCAGCUCCAGACCGGCACCAUCCGGGAGAAUCUGCGGCUCUUUGGGAAGACAGACUCCCAGGUGGCCAGUCUGCUAGCGGAGAGACGGGACUGCGCCGCCAGCUUCUACCUGAAUCGGUUCUGCCUGCGCCCUCUGGCCCGGGAUGCCUGGGUGUUGAAGGGGCCAGGGGCCGUCCGGGGACUGUUCAGCAGGCUCUUGGCCCAGGGCAGGAAGCAGCAUACCGGCUCCUACAAUGAGAGGCAGGAGCUGGCUCGUCAGGGCUGGCAGCAGCGGGUGCGCAGAGGGUACCUCGGACCUGAUGUGGACGGGCACUGCCAGCAUCCCCUAGAGAAUCCCCACAUCAUGCAGGGAGCGGAAGGGCACCCCAACCUACUGUCCUGGUACGUGUUGGAGGGCCGUGCUCUGAGCCGGCUGGCUAGCUCCCCCUUCUGCCAGUCGUGGCUGCUGCGGGAUCUAAACGAGGCGCUGGUCACGUGCCAGGCUGCACCCGUUGCCCACUGCCCCUCCUGCUGCUUCUACACUGGGCAGCAAGUGCUCACGCAGCUGGCCCUCAUGAGGGAGCAGCUGGGCGACCUCACGGUGAUGCCGUGCCCGCCCUGGGAGUGCCUGGUGAUUGGGAGCCUGGAGCACUAUCCAGCUACAAAGCAGUCCAGUGGCGUCCAGCUACGGCAGUGCCAGUCGGUGCCCCCACCCCCUGCCCGCUGCACUGAGCUCCAUGAUGGGGACCCUGGCUACCAGUGGUGGCUACUGGGGGCCGUCCUGGAGGCGGUCACAGAGAGCACUGAGAGCGGCGCCCUGGUCCUCCCCCUCCUUUCCUGCUUCACCCGCUUCACGGCGGGUUUGGUGUUCGUGCUCCAACACUGCUUCCGUGCCCUGUCCUUUGCCAGCCCCACCUCCUCAGAUGCCCUGGGGCACCUGGCCGUCCUCCUGUGCGUAGGCUUUUGCCGUCCCCCCAGCCAGCUGGUGGAGUUCCUAAGGAGGAUGCGGGACCAGCUGAGCGAGAGGCCAGAGCCCGGGAGCGAGCAGUCCCGGCAGGUUCUGCAAUUUGUGCCCAUGGAGCUGCUACUCAACGGGCCCCUGCCGGAGUUCCUGAGUGCGGUCAACCUCGCCAUCACCAAGCAGAGACUUCACCUGGCGCUCCAGGCCACCACGUAGAUCAGCGUGUUCCGGACUGCACGAGGCAACCACACUGCAGCAUUGGUCCGCUGGAGCAGCUUGUCCGCCAGCAUUCACCGGAGGCAGAGGCGCCCAGUCACAAGGGAGUUGCACGGCAGCUUCGACCAAAGGGGGUCAGGGUCCGCAAUGGUCCUAUGACACAGUGUUGGCUUCAUGGGGCAGACUCACCUGAAGAGCUCAGAGGGCAGCGUGCAAGGUGUGAAUGCAGGCUGACUAAGAUCACAGAGCUGGGCGUCAUCGUAGGGCUCUGAUCCAAGCUGUCAGAUAUUUAGCCGAAGGACAUUGGGAGGGAUGGGGGAGUGUUCCACCUUGUGAUGGGUGUGCUGCCUGGGAAUUGCCUGAAAAAUGUGAUGAUGUGUGGGGAUGCUGAGCUCUGUGCUGUUUGCCCUGUGGAAUGAGGAGUCUGAUCAGUCAUUGUGUUUGUGUAAAUAAUUAUUUCACGCACAGGGGACCACAUUGCACCACGAUGUGACUCUUGAGCCAGGUGUGACUUGGUGAUGGUGUUAGGAGCAGGGACGGCUGUAAACUUGCCAGGGACUCUCUUCCACAAAUGAGCGAUUACAUUUUGGAAUUCAUUUAUUCUUGUGUUUCAAGUCCAGCAGAUAUGUGAAGGGCAAGCAAUGUGGGAAAGUUGUGUCCAGCUGUCUCUAGGAUUUCAUCUCGGCCACAAAUUGGGAAUCACUGGUUUGAUUUAUCUGACUUCCUUUCCCCCCAUUACUCCAAUGGAAUAGGAAAUGACUUUAUAGGAAUUGAGUGCGUGUUUUACCAAAUGAUAGAAUCUAUGGUAUGAAUUACAAGCCUUGCAGCAGUGAAAUUACUGUCCUGUCUCUCAUUAUCCUUGUUUCAUGUACAACACACAUGCUUAGUGUGCACACCUAUGCAGCACCAUCCCAUUCCAACUAUUUGUAUCUCAGUAGUAACAGCUGUUAUUUUUACAGUUUAGUGGGGCUGGUGAGGUCUGAGGUGCAUACCAAAAGUCAGGAUGGUUCCUCUUCACUGUGUGAGUAUUGUUCAACAUUCCUCUGCAGGAUAUGGGCCAAACGCAGGUAGGUGGGACUAAUGUAGAUAGGACAUGUUGGUCGAUGUGGGCAAGUUGGGCCGAAAGGGCCUGUUCCCAUGCUGUGGCCACUACAAUUCCCAUGAUUAGUUGUAUAGCAGUGAUAUGAUCAUAAGUUAUAGAAACAUAGACCAUUCUGCCCAUCAAGUAUACCCUGCCAUUCAAUCAUGGCUGAUCUACAUUUUCCUCUCAACCACAUUCUAGUGCCUUCUCCCCAUAAUUGCUAACUUAUGUACUAAUCAAGGAUAUAUCGAUAUGACAUCCACAGCCAUCAGUGACAACAAAUUCCACAGAUUCACCACCCACUACUAAAGAAAUGCCUCAUCUUUCCAAAUGUGCGUCCUUUUAUUCUGACGCUGUGGCCGCUGGUCCUAGACUCUCCCACUAGUGGAAUCAUCCUCUCCACAUCCACUCUUCGAGGUCUUUUAGUAUUAGGUAAAUUUCAAUGCGGUUUCCCCCCCCCCUCAUCCUUCUAAACUCCAGCGAGUACAGGCCCAGUGUUGUCAAACGCUCAUCAUGUGUUAACCCAAUCAUUCCUGGUACCAUUUUUGUAAACCUCUGGACACUCGCCAAUGCCAGCAUAUCCUUCCUCAGAUAUGGGGCCCAAAACUGCUCACAAUACUCCCACAAUAUAACAUUUAAAACAUUAUGUUUAAAACAUUAAAUAAUUAUUUUAGAAAACGUUAUCUUCAGCCCAGUAUCUGGCGCACCAGCAUCUGGUGUAACAGUUUAUUGUCUUGCCAGAAAAUGCCAGUGCUAAACUUAAGGUGCAUAAUGUUAAUCUUUAGCAUAAAGAGCGGGCCAUGGCAGGAGUUGGAAUAAGAGCCACGUCUCGUACUGUGGUAUCGCUUGUGCUGACCUUAUGAGAACACUGAACAAUGCUAAUUUGAUUUUCGGAAGCAAGAUGUUUAGUCAGAACUAACUCAGAACAGAAUAAUGAAGCUUCGAGAGAGGAAGCAUAAAUAUUUCAGGAUGUCGGGCCGUUCUUCAAAGCCACGUCAUCUCCUGUUGUGUAGGACAUGCAACUGCAAUUCUAUGAACACCAAAACCAUACAAAUUGCUCCAGGCCAAAUGGAGGAACCGGUUUUGUGAUUGAGAAAUACAUUUUGGCCACAGGGCCGGGGAUUCUUUGGAGACAGUUUGAGUUUAUCUGCGAUCCAAAGGGCAGGAGAAAUGGAUGAUGUUUUGGCAGGGAAUACUGGUGGUUGGAAAGGGAUGAUGCUCAAAUGUGGUAGAGACUAAAACACUUGUUUGGUUGCAGGUAUCUGAAGCUUGUGAUCCUUGGGGGAGAGAUAAAUAGAAGAGCAGAGUAGUGUUUGCUUCUUUGAGUCUGUAAGAGAACUUUCUUAGUGCAGAGUUUGGGUUGAGUAGCACAGAUGAAAACCAACUAGACUAUCGGUCCUUUGUCAACUCUGUGAAAUACCACUAAUUUGUUUUCCUUGUCAGUCUGCAGUCCAUAUCAGUGCUGUCUGAAUUGCUGGUUGUAAGGGUAAUCUGCCAGGCCAGUGCAUGGGGAUUCUAUUGGGAUACUGAGCACUUUAUAGAGAACACCAGUAUCAGAUAACCAGCCCUUCCAGUUUGGGUUAGAAGGGAUAAUUUUGAUAGACGCAUCAAAUGGUGAUAUUAGCUCAAUUUAUCCUAUCUGCAUGGAUGCAGUCUGGCCUGCUGUGUUUCCCAGGAACUUCAAAUCAAAAUACUCAGUAACUGGGAGUUUGUUUUGGGGUUUGAAUAGCCAGUGAUUACUGAUGAACCAUAUAAAGAUCGAUCCCAUAGUGUCCAAGAAGAUAUUGAUGUCCAGUAGUGGUUGGGAUAUGUCUGGCACUGGAUAUGGCUUGGUAGCACCAUGAUACCACUUGACUACAUGAGAAAUGCAUUCUGUGAAUGAUAAGGGACCUCUUUCUUAUUGUUUAUUACUUUAAUUUGUUUUAUGUAUUAUAAUUUUUCGUUUUUUCAAAAGUGCACUUUAACAUACCCUUUGGAGCUGAAAAGGAAAUCAGUAAAUCCCGCGGCCUAUGGGAGAUAAAUAUUCCUUUGACGUUAAUGUUAUUGGUUGGAGAAUGUUUUCAUCUGAAAUAAAAAUGGCUCUAUAUUCAGAGAUUGAAAUAACCAUGUACAACUAGUUUUGUUUGUAUGGAGAACCAUUAAAUGUCUUCAGAUUUACACAA